CACUGAUCACAGAAAGAGCCGAAGAUGACGGCUCGGUCAUGUGAUCAGCUGUGUCCAAUCACAGCUGAUCACAUGGCACUGAUGAUUAGUGUGCCCUGAUGAUCACUGUAGCCCCAGCAGUGCCAUCUGUCAGUGUCCAUCAGUGCCUACCAGUGCACAUCAAUGCCACAUAUCAGUGCCCAUCUGAGCUGCCUUUCAGUGUCACCAAUCAGUGCACAUCAGUGCCGCCUAUCAGUGCACAUCAGUGCCACCUGUCAGUGCCGCCUAUCAGUGCCAUGUAUCAGUGCUGCCUUUCAGUGCCCAUCAGUGAUGCCUGUCAAUGCCCAUCAGUGCCACCUACCAGUGCCCAUCAGUGC